CAUCAGUACAAAUAUUAAUAAUUGAUGAAGUUGGAGAGACAUAUAAAGCAGUAAGAAUGGCCAGAAGUUCAGCAAGUGUAGAUGAAGGUGAAUUAAGAAGAAGUGUGACAUUAAAAGCAAUGGACAGAUAUAAUAGGUUGGUUUAUAGCUAG